GUAUUUGGACUCCAAAAAGUCAAACACCUUCAUCAUCCAUAAACGAUUUGCACGAAAUUCAAAGCACAAAAAUAAAUUCCGCACCACCAACUCCACCACCACCGCCAGCACAUCCAGUUUGGACACCACAACCAUCACCUACAGCUGGACGCAAAGAAUUCCGUCCUGUACGUUUUGAAUCACCGACACUACCACGCAGGUACGUUGUACAACAAAGUACACCCAAUGGUAAUGCCCAGUUGCCACCGUGGUCAUGUCAAUCAAACAGCAGCUCAUAUGCGCCCCCCUCGCCGCGCUCCACAAAUAGCUGCACGAACUUAAGCACACCCACUACAGUAUGCUCCAGCAGCACACACUUCAUAGACACCUACAACGAUACAACGGAUUUUACUAGUAACUUUGCUCCCAACACCAGUGUUUCGGAUAAAAUAAAAACAUUCGAGAGAUCAGCAUCUGCUUCAGAAUUAUAUCGUCCCUUUGUGCGUCGCCAGCCAGACACAAGCCGUCCUGCGUAUAGGCCCAAUGAAGUCAUUUAUAAAGUUAAGCACGAAUACUUGAGUGAACCGGAAACAGAAAACGAUCGUCCAAAAAAAAUGGCACAACUGGGCCGCAGACAAAUUGACGGCAUCGGCCCUGUAACCAGAGAUGGCAUGCCAAUUGUUCUCAGAUCGGAAGUUAAGGAACCUCACCAGCAUGAAUGGUACAAACGACUUUAUCAAACCAUACAUAAGCAGAAAAAUGGCGAUGAUUACGUGAUACGCUACAAAUGUCAAAGAGGUCCUCUUGCAUAUUCAACAGCUCGGGCACCACACAAAUCAAACGGUUAUCUGUCAGAACCUGAGCCGAAUUACGACUCCGAUUACUCUACUAUUAAAUAUCGUACAUUAGAUAGACGACGUCUUCAAUCGGUUUCUUCUGCUGCAAACGUCAGGAGUAACGCGAACUACCUUUACGACGAUAAAUCUUAUGGUACUAUGCCAAAUCCAGUUAAAUCAGGACAAAAUUCAUAUAAAAAUCAACCUGGUCGUAUUGAGAAUUAUGUAACUGGAAAUUCUUCCGUUUCUGAAAAAGAACAUAAAGAGUGGUGGGACGAAGUGAUGGACAUCUUUAAUGGGCAUUUGGAUCAAACGAAGCUGUCACCACAUUACACUGAAGGAAAUCUUUCCAGAGCAUUAGCCAAAGAAUCUGGUUACACCAGUGACUCGAAUCUAGUCUUUCGUAAAAAAGAAGUAAUACAAGGUAGCCCACUAAGUCCUGUUGAGCAGAAGCAAGCCUAUAAGAGUCUACAGGCUGGCGGUGAGCCACCUUUAUUAGGUUUUCGCAAGCCAGCUCCAGAGAAACCAAAAGAUUCUGAUAACAAUAGCCCAGUACCACCUCCACUACCCACAAAGGGCAUACCACUCUCAGAAUCUCCUAAUCGUUAUUAUGAAUCAGACGUAAAUAUUCAUUUUAAAACCCCAGUGCGUCAUGAAUUUAAGCAAUCACUCUCUGAAGACGAAUUAGCCAUACGUCAAGCCGAGCACAUGCAGAAACUUUAUCAAGAAGAACGUCGCCGCAAGUACUUACAAGAAUUGCAGGACAUGAAUUCUCGUCGCCAUACUGAUAAUUUCACACCCACCCAAAAGUCUCCAAUAUCACUUAAUCGUUACGAUGAUUUUCAAUCUGAUUUGGCGCCAAAACCUCCAAGCACAGCUUAUAUGAAAGCGGUAGCAAAAGCCUUAUAUAACUUCCAAGGACAAGGUGCCAGAGAAUUGACCUUCAAAAAAGGGGACAUCAUCUAUAUUAGACGAAAAAUUGAUGCCAAUUGGUAUGAAGGAGAACACAAUGCUAUGAUAGGACUUUUGCCUGCCAAUUAUAUUGAGAUAAUAAACAAAGAAGAUACACGUCGUCCACAAAGAAAGCCUUCAGAAGGUCAGGCUCGUGCCAAAUUUAAUUUCCAAGCCCAAUCAAGCUUGGAAUUAUCAUUAAAUAAGGGUGAACUGGUAACAUUGACACGUCGGGUGGAUGAUAACUGGUUUGAGGGAAAAAUAGCUAACAGAAAAGGCAUCUUUCCAGUAUCAUAUGUAGAGGUAUUAACUGACAUUGGUGCUGAAGAUAUUGCUGCAAAAACCGUUAUCACAGAGCAAAGCGUUACGAAUCUACGCCCUUCAUUGGACACAUUACGCACAAAUAUCAACCAUGAGUUCAAUGUUUUAACACAGAAUGGCAACCAACCACCGAACGGCAUAUUGAAGGAAACCAAGAAUCUACAUAAAACAGAUUUGCUACAUGUGGACACAGUUACCGAACAAUUAAAAUACCGUGCUCUCUACAAAUACCGACCACAAAAUUCCGAUGAACUUGAGCUGUUAGAAGGCGAUAUCGUACAUGUGCUGGAGAAAUGCGAUGAUGGUUGGUUCGUUGGUACCUCACAGCGAACGGGUUGCUUCGGCACAUUCCCCGGCAAUUAUGUUGAACGCCUCUAACCACAAAUAAGAAAUUUGUUGAAGGUUUUGUUGUUGCGUGAAGGAUCUUAUCUUCCACAUAUAUAAUGUUUAUAUUUAAUGAGAGAAAACAAAAUUAGUUUAAACACGAAAUAAUAUUAUUAAUGCUUAUAUUUUUGUUGUUGUUAAAACUUUAAUUAAAUUUGUAUAUUAUUUUUAAAAAUUAUUUAUUUAAACACGUUAAUGCUGAUAUAAUGAUAUUUUAACCCAGAUAAAUACUGAGAACUGCUACCGAAGUAGAAACACGUACAAAGUAAAUAUUUAUGGCUAAAAAUCUCCAAGCGAAUGUUAAUACAUAACUAGUCAAAGCUAUUCCCAAAUAUAACGUACCAUACGUGAAUGCAAAAAAAUAAAUUAUUAUUUAAAUAUUUUGAAUCAAAUUUUGAAAGAGAGAUUCACUAAAUAAAAAGCAUGAAAACAUAUUGAAAAACAAAAAUCAAGAAAUUGUUUACAUACAACUGAACUUGUGAAAAAUGAUUGCCAAUGCAGCUUAUGCCUAAAAAUGAUGCCAAUUAUAUAAUCUUGAUUAUAUAAAUAUAUAUAUAUUUAAUUCAUAAUAUAUAUAAUAAAUGUGUAUGUUUGUGCGAAAUACUUGAUAUUAUUUUAAAAUGCCUUUAACAGCAAACGAAUAUCUAUUACAGUGCCUUUCAAACUUUACUUAAAAUUGUUAUUUUUCACUCAAAUUACAAAAUUUUAUUGGCAUUACUAACAUUUCAUGGAAUAACAUUAAAACUGUUUAAAAAAUAUAUAAAAUAAAAAUUAUUUAUAAAAAUUGUAUGA